CACGAAACUAACCCUUAGUUUAAAAAAUUUUCCUCUCCUCCUAGAAAAAGAGUGCCCAAAAUCUCCAAGUUACACCGCACCACUUCGCUCUCACAUAGUCACAUUCGCCGACUCUCCGUCCUGCUUAAAACCUUCGUUGACACUUUUCCAAGUUGAAACUUGAACGCAGUGCUAACCCUAGUCUCUUCUCCUUUUCCCAUAAGUUUUGCAGAUUGUUUUGUUUGUUCUCGCCAGAUUCGGAUUGCCGUUCUUCCUAAAAUGCUUCCGCUUUCUCUCCUCAAAACUGCCCAGGGGCAUCCCAUGCUGGUGGAACUAAAGAAUGGGGAAACUUAUAAUGGGCAUUUGGUAAAUUGUGACACAUGGAUGAAUAUACAUCUCCGUGAAGUCAUCUGUACUUCAAAGGAUGGAGAUAGGUUUUGGAGAAUGCCAGAAUGUUAUAUUCGUGGGAACACAAUUAAAUAUCUUCGAGUUCCAGAUGAGGUGAUUGAUAAAGUUCAAGAAGAAACAAAAAGCCGAACAGAUAGGAAACCACCUGGUGUAGGGCGUGGCCGGGGCAGAGGUAGAGAGGAUAAUGUUGCUGGAAGACAGGGAAGAGGAGUUGGGCGUGGGAUGGAUGAUGGAGCUGCCAAAGGCCGUGGAAAAGGAGGCCCUGGUGGUAAGCCUGGUGGCAAAGUUGGAGGUCGUGGGCGUGGCUAAUAUUUCCCAGAAGGGUAAUAUCGAAAAGCACUUGGAAGAGGGCAAAUGUGAGUUCAAGAAACAAAAUCUCUCCCUUAUUGUCCUUCCUGAUUUGUUGGAGGGUCAUCAAUUGGAAGUGUUAUUAUUCCUUCCUCUAUAUUAAUUAAUUGCUAGUGGGAUGAAAUGUAACUACCAUUCUCUAAUGGUAAGACAUAGUGUUUUUGUAAGUUUAUUUUAUUACUUCUUAUAAGAUUAAUUUUGUGUUUUUAGUUUUUUUGUUAACAAAUGUGGUUUUUUGUGGUUUCAUGUUGAUCCUUUAUAUAGGCUCUGUUUGGGAA